AUGGAGGACGUUCAUGAACCAACACUGCCCGAGGCUCCACCUUUCAACGACCAACACUGGAAAACACUCUGUAGUCUAGCUGAUGCUAUCAUCCCUUGCGUCAAUGACAAGAGCGGCCCCAAUGAGGGCGAAGGACAUUUUCAGCCGGCCUAUUCUGUCGUCACUCGACCCAGUGACGUUGGAGAUGAGCUAGCAAGGGAAUAUCUUGCAGAGAAACCAUCUCUGAUACCGGAAUUCAAGGAUGCUCUUGCCCGGAUCGUAUUCGAUGGUAUCAACGCAACACAGCGGCGCGAGCUGUUUCUAAUCCUCUCUGUUUUGGGGAAUCGUACCAGCACUUUUUUGACCGGUCAUGUCACUCCGUUCACAGCUCUUCCGGUAUAUACACGAAGUGUCAUCAUACAAGGCUGGGAGAAGUCCCGACUGCCAAUUUUGCGAAAGCUGCACAAGACAUUCACACAAUUGACGAUUCUUGCUUGGAUCAGAACCUCACCAUCACUUCGUCGUGUGCUCUCCUUCCCAGAACACGUCGCAGGCCACAACUUUGGCCCUGGCUUCGACUUCAAUUUCGAGCGGCCUUGGCCAACCUCGGAGAAACCUGAAGUCGCAGGCGUUGACGGGACGAUCGUCCUCGAGACAGACAUCCUUGUGUUAGGGAGCGGCUGUACGGGUGCUGUAGCUGCAGCGAGUUUGGCAGCUCAAGGGCUCGAGGUGAUGGUUGCUGACAAGGGUUAUCACUGGUCUCCCCAGUGUCUGCCUAUGACAGAGGAUAAAGCUCUCCACAACUUGUUCGAGAAUGGUGGACUGACUGGAUCCGAAUCCGGAAAUAUUUAUGCCGUGUCUGGCUCGUGCUUUGGUGGAGGGGGAACAGUCAACUGGUCCGCGUCGCUCCAGCUUCAGGAGUACGUUCGUCGGGAAUGGGCAUCACAAUACGGUCUGCCAUAUUUUACCAGCAGCGCUUUUCAGGCAGAUAUGGAUGCUGUCUGUCAGCGGAUGGGCGUUGGCGUAGCGGAGGUGAAGCAGAAUUUCACCAACCAGCGCCUACUUUCUGGCGCCAGGAAACUUGGCAUGAAUGCUUCUGUCGUUCCUCAAAACACAGGAGGAGCAGCUCAUGAGUGUGGUCUAUGUACUCUUGGCUGCGGAAGUUGUGGCAAAAAAGGUCCUACUGAGACGUGGCUCCCAGAUGCCGCCAGGAACGGAGCUCGAUUCAUAGAAGGAUUUUCAUGCAGCCAUCUUCUGUUUUCAACGGCAAGGAGCGACUGUAGGAAUGGGAACAGGAGGGCGAUUGGAGCUUUUGGAAUAUGGUCUGGACGUAAAAGCAAAGAUGGCAUCACUAGAUCACGAAGACUCAGGAUCGUCGCUCGAAGAGCAGUUGUACUUGCUACAGGUGCUCUUGCAACACCACAUCUACUACAGCGUAGUGGAAUUCGUAAUCCUCAUCUCGGCGAGCACCUCAAACUCCACCCGGUCUCGUUCUUAAGCGCUGUCUACGAUGAGGACAUUCGACCCUGGGAGGGAGCGAUCCUGACAUCUGUAGUAAAGGACUUCGAGAGUAUAAGCUCUGGCUACGGCGUCAAACUGGAAGCUACCGCGAUGGUACCUUCUAUGUUUCUCCUCUUGUUUCCUUGGAGCUCCGGACUGGACUGGAAAACCUUCUGUGCCAAGAUGCGACGCAUGACCGGAUACAUAUCGUUAGCACGCGAUACAGGAGAAGGUAAGAUCACGAUGGAUCCGAGUGAUUCAAAGAAGAUCCGCCUGAGUUAUGACGUUAGCAAAAAGGACGGAAAGCAUAUUGCUACUGGUCUGGUCGCUCUCGCAAAGAUACAAUUUAUUGAAGGUGCUCGAGAAAUCCAUGUGUCUGUGCCGGGCAUGCAUCCAUACGUACGAGAGGACCGCUACGACCGACCGGGAACUGAGACAAGCACGGACCUCAAUGAUCCAGCGUUCUGUACUUGGUUGGCUCGGCUCGAACGGUACGCCACGAUGGGAAUGCCUGCGCACACUACAUACGGUUCGGCCCAUCAGAUGGGAACAGCUCGGAUGGCUGCUUCUCCCGAAUUGGGCGUGGUCGAUCCCCAUGGUCUUGUCUGGGGUUGCGAAGCCCUAUAUGUGGUAGACACAAGCGUUCUUCCAGGAGCGACCGGCGUCAAUCCUAUGAUUACAGCUAUGGCCACUGCGAGGGGUAUCAGUAGAGGAAUCCCACAGGCCGUCAGUGGUGCGUCAGAAGCAGAGCCAUCUCGUGCUAAGCUCUAG